AAAUAAAUAUUAAGAAGCAGAUGCUUUGGCGAUAAGUGCAAAUCGUUCUAUAAUGGAAGCUUCUAGAACAGAUUGGGGUUGAGAUGUAUUGUAAGUUCAGUGAAAUGAGUGCUCUCACCUUGUCUGACUCAGUAAUUGUCCAAAAACCAAUCACUUCACAUUUCAGUGAGGAUGGAGACAGGCAGAGAAAUGGGUGGUAGGUGUCUCACUGUGCACCAGGAUCUAUUAGUAUUAUUCUUUUUAAUUAUAGUUCUUUUUUCUACAGUCCAGUCAUUAUCCCCCUCCUGGUCUAACCUCUGACAGUUUCUCAUCCCUUUCCUCUUCCCAGUCUCCAAGACGAUGUCCCUCCCCGCUGCCCCCAUGUAUCAAGAACUUAGUGCUGUGCUCUGCUCUGUUUCUUUUCUGCUGCCUUACAGAUUCUCUGUCUAAUGCUUGAAGGAAGGAGAGUAGCCAAGACCACGAAUUUUGCACAGACAGUCUGAGAAACUGGACCCUCAGGCUCAGGUUUGGGGUUGAUUCUGAAAGAUGACCAAGACACUUCCCAAGCAGUCAAGAAAAAGAAAGUGUUCCAGGCCAAGGAUUUGGUGUGAGGGUAUGAAGGUGUGUGAAGAUGAGGAAGCUCCCAACAAUGUUCCAGGGUCAGAAGCUAGCUAGCCUGUCCUACAGGAAGCCAAUGAGGAGCAGAGCUGCUCUCAGUGGGGGAAACACAGAGGAGAGGGGCACUGUGAGCUGUGGGGAAGGGCAGCUUGAAGUCUCAAGGAUGUGGCUGACACUCUCUGCUGAGCAGGUCUAGUGUACUGCAGAUGCUUUAGUGUGGGGCUCUUGGGUGAGUGCUGCAACUUCUCAAUGCUCUACAGGUGAAUGAAUGCUGUGGUCAAGAAACUUUCUCAGGGGAAGAGAGGUAAAGGCAGGUCACCUCUGAGGAGCCAGUGACGGGUUGGAGUGUGAGUAAUGGUGUGGAGUUGUGGUUCUAGAUUCUCCCUGGUCUCGCCAUUAUGGGGGUGUGCUUGAUCAUCUCUGGGGUGUCCACUGCAUACAUCCACAAUUUCACCAACAGGGGCAAGGAAACAGCUGCUCAAGUUCAGUCCCAAGGGUCUGGAGAACAUUGACUAAGAAAAUGUUUUCCUGGCUGAUGAGAAAAAUCACUCAGCUAUGGUCAUCUGUUCCUGUUAGAAGGCCUUGCAGCAUAUUAUAUACUAUGGGCAUGUUAUGAAAUGCAUAAUAAAAAAAGUUUCCCAGUCAUUCAUGGCUGAGUCCCACAGAAACUGUCAAAGUUAUUCUUAGUGGAAGGCCCCUACAAAGGCAGGCAGGGUUUGGAGGUCCUUAGAGGUUAGAGGGUAGCUGUGAUAAGGGUUGGGGGAAGGGCUAGAAUAGAAUCAAGAGCUUCACUUUUAUUUCAUAGACAAUAGGAAAACACUGGAGAAAUGCCUGCCCCAUCUAAAGGAGAGGGAGAGAAACCUAUGAAUGCAUCCACACGCUGAAGGAAGAGGGAUUUUUUGUUUGUUUGUUUUGUUUUCUAGAAAUAGGAUCUCACUAUGUCUGGCUUCUAAUUGGCUCUGCUGCCCAGAAUUUGUAGUUUCAAAUUCCUGAGCUUUCCACUCAGCCUCACCAGUGCUGGGAUCACAGGCAUGCACCACCACACCUAGCUAUGAAGAGAGUGCUGUGAUCUAAGAAAAAAAUAAAGUAUGCAAGCACUCUUUAAAAGCUUUAGCAAAGGCUAUUUGCAUAUGGAGUGCUAAUUAAACUCUUUUUUUUUUUUUGGUUUGUUUUGGUUUCCCAUGAAAACAAACCCAGCCCUUCUCUGGCACUUGUUUGUAUUAUUCUAAGUGCUUGAAAACAACAAAUGGCAUUCCCUUAAUUGCUGAAAGACAAAUAAUAUUUAUAACACUAGUUGCCUUUGCUUGCAUUUCAGCAUAUCAGGGCUUUAAUCCUAUAUGUAUUUCAUUCCAGGAGCAGGAAUCAGAGUUGGGAGGGCCACUGCCUGUUCUGUUGGCAGGAAAGGUAGAAUUAUAUUCAAAGUGGGCUGGUAAAUACUGAAAGCCUAGUCUCUGAAAAUAGAUGCGUGUGUAUAUCCAUAAAUACACUUAUUUUAUGUUUGUUGACUACAGACUGGAGAGCACACAGUCUGCAAAGCAUUCAGAGAUAUCUGCUACUCUAUAGUGAAGCCCAUGUAGCUAAUUGAUUCUCAUAGAUGCUUCCAUUGAUUUUUGCCAAGUGCUUGCAUCAAUACCCAGUCUGCAGUUUAACCAUGCCUGGACAAAAUAAGACAUAGAAGAAAUGCUUAUUAUCCAACUCAGUCAGCAAAGAAGUAGUUGCUGUCAUUGACAGAUGAGUCUCUUUCCGACAUCAAUGUCAGUUGGCAUUUGUUUAUGUUAAUGAGCAAGCAAGGUUGCUAAAGAUGUCUGGUGUAACUUCAUCUGCCCAUGACACCUGUGGCCUCCCUGCUAUAACAUAGAGGAUUGGCAGCGUUUUUCCACAAACAUCUUUGCUACUCACGAUGCAGUGGCUCAGAUGUGCCUGCCUGUGAAUAUAAUCCUCAACAAAGUCACAACAUUCCUCUGCCUUGUUUGUCAAUUAUCAACCUCCGGGGGUUCAGACCUCAGCUCAACUGGAGACCAACCUGUCUGCAUAGUCAAAUGCCCCACAUGAAUGGAUGCAGUGACUUAUGAUGAUGUGCAUGUGAACUUCACUGGGGAAGAGUGGAAUUUGCUGGAUCCUUCCCAGAAGAGUCUCUACAAAGAUGUGAUGCUGGAGACCUACUGGAACCUCACUGUUAUAGGCUAUACUUGGGAAAACCAUCAUAUUGAAAGACGUUGUCAAAAUUCAAGAAGAAAUGAAAGGUAUGUAAGUAAUCAUAGUGGAGAGAAACUCUAUGAAUGUAAUGAACGUUCUAAAGCCUUUUCAUGUCCCAGUCAUCUGCAAUGUCAUAAAAAAAGAAAAAUUGGAGAGAAAACACAUGAACAUAACCAAUGUGGUAAAGCCUUUCCAAUACCCAGUCAUCUUCAAUAUCAUAAAAGAACCCAUACUGGAGAGAAACCUUAUGAAUGUCAUCAAUGUGGUCAAGCCUUUAAAAAAUGCAGUCAUCUCCAACGUCAUAAAAGAACACAUACUGGAGAGAAACCCUAUGAAUGUAAUCAACGUGGUAAAGCCUUUGGAAGACCCAGUCAUCUCCAAUGUCAUAAGGGAGCACAUACUGGAGUAAAACCCUAUGAAUGUAAUCAAUGUGGUAAAGCUUUUACAAGUCACAGUGGUUUCCAAUAUCAUAAAAGAACACAUACUGGAGAGAAACCCUAUAAAUGUAAUCAGUGUGGUAAAGCCUUUGCACGUCACAGUUAUCUCCAAUGUCAUAAAAGAACACAUACUGGAGAGAAACCCUAUGAAUGUAAUCAAUGUGGUAAAGCCUUUGCACAACUCAAUAAUCUCCAAUGUCAUAAAAGAACACAUACUGGAGAGAAACCCUAUGAAUGUAAUCAAUGUGGGAAAGCCUUUGUACUACUCAGUAGCUUCCAAUUUCAUAAAAGAACACAUACUGGAGAGAAACCCUAUGAGUGUAAUCAGUGUGGUAAAGCCUUUGUACGUCACAGUUAUCUCCAACGUCAUAAAAGAACACAUACUGGAGAGAAACCCUAUGAAUGUAAUCAAUGUGGUAAAGCUUUUACAAGUCACAGUGGUCUUCAAUAUCAUAAAAGAUCACAUACUGGAGAGAAACCCUAUGAAUGUAAUCAAUGUGGGAAAGCCUUUGCAGAUCACAGUAUUCUUCAGUAUCAUAAAAGAACACAUACUGGAGAGAAACCCUAUGAAUGUAAUCAAUGUGGUAAAGCCUUUGCACAACUCACUAAUCUCCAAUAUCAUAAAAGAACACAUACUGGAGAGAAACCCUAUGAAUGUAUUCAAUGUGGUAAAGCCUUUGCAAGACCCAGUCUUCUCCAAUUUCAUAACAGAACACAUACUGGAGAGAAACCCUAUGAAUGUAUUCAAUGUGGUAAAGCCUUUGCAAGACCCAGUCUUCUCCAAUUAUAA